GUUAUAGGACUACCUAUCUUUCUUCUUAGACUUCUUGCGCUUCUUCUCCUUUCUGACGGGUGCAGUACCAUUCUUCCGCUUCUUCUUCGGCGCCGCCGCGGAAGCCUGGCUCGCCGCGAACGCCUCGUCGAUGCUUCUAGCUUUCGCGGCCUGAGCCGACUCGUAGGCGGCGUCGAUGUCGGCGAGCCGCGCCGCCGCCUCUUUCCGCUUCUUCGUCUUCUUCGGCGGCGGCGGCGGCGGCGCCUCGUCCUCGUCCUCGGACGACGACGACGACGAUUCAUCAGAAGAGGGCGGCGGCGGCGCCUUCGUCUUCGUCUUCUUCUUCUUUUUCUUUUUGAGUUUCUUGUCGCCGUCGUCCGCAAAGUGCGUGUGCCCGGACGGCCCGUCGCCCGCCCUCACAAAAAAAGAGUACAAUGCUCUUUUGUCCUCGGGCAUGCCGUCGGCCGCCGACCGCCUCGACCGGUGGCCGGCCUUGGCGUAGAAGCCGAGGCCUCCCACUUUACCCUUCGGCGCCAAUGCUUUCAGCGUCUCGUGCAGCUUCUGGAGCUUGCUGUCCUCCAUCGCGUCAGACUAUGUGAGUGUGCUGUGAUGCAAUGUGUUGCCGUUGUCGGUCCGCCAGCGAUGCGACAGCGAUGAGGUGGCAGCGCUGCGACGCCGUGCGGCGCUUAGUCCUCGACGCGGCGCUCGCGCAGCGGUUUGCGCAGCGGUGCAGCAGUGUGCAGCGAGUGCAAUAUCGGUACUGGCCGCAGCGAUGCCCGCAGCGAUGCCGAAAGUCGCAGCGCAGCGAUGCGGCGAUGCUGUGCCACACGAUGCUGAGGCGCAGCCGACAGUGUAGCUGCUCGCGCGCCGAUGCAAAGGCGCAAGUCCGU